AUGAAGUAAGAGGCUACCUAAGGUUUUCUCAAGUAUAAAUUCCAUAAGAGUCAACUAGCAUAUUAAAACAUGAAUGGAAUGAAUAUUCCUAAUCUUCCACCAAACGUUUAUCAUUUUACAAAUUAAAAGUUCAAGCAUCAUAACACUCAUUUUUUCAUUCAUAAUCAGAAUUAGCAAUUUCUUGAGUACUAGAAAAAUCAAGUCAGUGGUUAGGGCUUAAUCUAACCAUUCUUAUAGUAAUAACAGUAAUUUUAGUAAUAAAGCAAUUUAGUUUCAAUUAAUAAUCUUGCCUUCAGCUAUCCUGCAAAAAAUAUAGAUACUAGUAAUAUUAGUAUCAUCCAUUAAAACAAGAUUGACUCUUCAUAGGUAAUUAAAGAAUUUACAUCAAAUUAGACUAACAUAAAUAAUCAAGACUAACUUUAAAAUGCUAAGGAUUUUUAGAAGUAUCUCUCAUAAUAAAAUUACAAACUACCAUUGACAGGUCAAUCAAGAGAAAAUAAUGGUUUCAAUGAUGAGUAGUCAUAAAAAUCUUUAGCCUAGCAUAUAAUUGAGAUGGCGUAACUAGACUAUGAUGAUCCUUAAUUAUUUGAACCAUCUGUUGAUUUUUAAAGGUCUUAAAUUGCUCAACCUAGUCCUGUUGCAAAAAGGAAAAUAAAAAGUAGGUAAAAUCUUAACAUAGUGUCUAAUGGAAGUUAGAAUAACCCUAAUGGAGGUCAUAGAGUAAGAUUAAAGCAAAACACAAAUGCUUUAAAGCCAGAUUAAGCAUAGAGAAUUGUUUAUCAUUAAUAUGGAUAAAAUAUUUAAGCACGCCAAAAUGGUAAUGAAAUCAACAUCAACAACAAUAGCCUGCUAAAUAAUAUGAACGGAACUUAGAAUAACUAAAAUAUGCAGCAAACUAUUUAAGGGUCUGCAUAAACUGAGAUUUUUUAGCUCCCAAGGAUUGUAGAUAAUAAUAAUUACCAACCUCCAGUAUCGGUAAUCACUAAUGGCUUAAAUCAGGUUAUGUCUGAAACUAUUGAUAACAGUAAAAUCUAAUCUGAGGAAAAAAUCAAAUCUUUGCUGCAUAGUUCAUUGAACUCAAAAGUAAAUUCACUUGCCUUAGGUCAAUCUUACAAAAAUGCUCCAUAAACUAUUAAGAAAGUUUAGCAUCCUAAGUUAAUAUAAGCCAGAAGUAAUAUAUUUAUGAGCAACUAGGCAUAAAAUUCCAAUCACCCAAUGCUGCAGAAAAAUGCCCAAGGACAUAAAAGGAAGCUCUUCUAGAUUAAGGAGUAUAACACCAAUGCCACAAAAGCUGAGAGUAAUAACAUGGUAGCAGCUGCUGAGGCUAUGAAACAAAGAAAGACAUUUUAUGAUUUCAAUAGCCACUAAAACAACAGUCUGAUUGCUUCAAGUAAUGGAAAUAUAAACGGAAAUGUUUUGUCAUAGUAAUUUCAAAGUAAUACCCUUACCAAUACUUUUGGAUAAAAAUUUGAGAAUCAGAGUAAAUUACCAUUAAGCAUACCACAAAAAAACGAUAAAAAAGAUGAGGAGCUUUAUCAAUAAACAUUAAAUGAAUCACUUUAUAGAUCUUCUGGAAAACAAAAUAAUAACCCAGGUUCAUUUGCCUUGCCAGUAAAGCUAAAUUAAAGAAAUAAAAAUUAUGAUAUAGAAUUCUAAGAGAGUGAUAAUAAGGAUCCAGAUAUCAUUGAUACUUAUAAAAAUGGUAAAAUAGCUAACUCUGAAUUGCUUCACAACCAAAAGUUUUCAAAGUCAUAGGUUAAAAAUGAAAAUCUCGACAAUAAAAUGCCAAAAACGUUUUAUCUUGUAGAGCAAAAAAAUCAUCAGUAAAAUUUGCUAAUUGAUGGAUAAUCUUCUCCAUUUAAUAAGAUAUAUCCAACUUAAGGCAACUUAGAGCCAUUGGCUAAAAUAAAAUUAUCCAGCUUAAAUUAUCUCGAUAAACAAAGCUAAGAAUAGAUAAUAUUGACAGUAAGAGCUGCCCUUAAUAGUGACAUGUCAAUAUUGCCUCAGACUUUUGGUGUUUAAGGUUAAAAUUUUAAUAAUACUGCUAGUCAGCAAAACUUCAAUGUAAAAAAUCAGGCUACUAUUAAUAAUCCUACUAAUACUCUCAAACUCAGCAUAAUCUAGUAGAUAAUUAAAGCAGUUGAGAACAAAGAUAACAAGAUAUCAAUAAAGAGAAUUAAUAGUGGGAUGGUAUAAAGGACUGAGGACCCUAGUCAACAGCAUUCACCCAGCAUUUAACCCUAGGCCUUGAACUCAUCUAAUAAGUAUAGCAAGACUAGCAGUAGAAAGGUUAGCAUAAAAGACAUAAUCAACGGAGAUAUGGACUUUAAAGAAGUAUCUAAAGACAGGCGAGCGAGCGAUCAUAGUUACAAUCAUACAUACUAACAUCAUACUCAUACUCAUCAUCAUCAUAACAAUGCUGGAAGUCUUAAUAUAAACUAAAAUAAUAUCGAGGAGGAGCGAAAUAGGAUAAGCAGCAUUUUAAACAGUUAAAAUGCCUCUAAAAAUGAUUUAAAGUCUAUAAACAAAAAACCUAAGUGA